AUGUCGUUGGUUGAGGAUCGGGUUGAGUUGUCGAGUACGUUGGCCGAGAUAAAGCAGAGAAUAUUACAGAAGCUUGGUGUGUGCGGGACCAAUUGGAUUAAAAAAUUGUUCUACAAGAUUUCCAUUGCCGUUGUGGCCGCUGGUGUGAAGUAUGAAACAUUUGUCAUUGGGUCCGAUGAAGACUUGGAGGUAUUGUUUCACUAUCGGCGAAGUUUUCUGGAGGUCAGAAUACCGGAGUUGUUUGCGAAGUUAGAGGAUGGCGUUGACAGCUCUGGGGCAUCUGCGCCAAAUCCUCAGUCAACAACGAUGGGUGGUGCCUCCACGUCAAUGCCAGUGGUCGCACCUUCCGGUCCGAUCCACAAUCCUCCAUGUGUUGCGAUUGGUACUGCUAGUGUGCCAGUUGGUGUCCCCGAUUUUGACUAUGAGGUUGGACCAGAUCGUGUUAAAAAUGCCAUGCGAGAUGAUGAUUCAACGGAUGAGCCGGUCGAUAUUGUUGGGGACAGUGAGGAGGAUAUUCCGAGCACCACACAUACACACCAAGGAGCAUCGGGUUCCGGUACACAGCAAUAUCCUCUACACUUGUCAGCGUUGAACUUGGGAGCCAUUGGCAAACAGCGAGAGAUGAGGGAGACGUAUGUGGGUCAAGGUCUACAUGAUAUAACCGGUCUGGUGGAAUUUCGCCUUGGUCAAUCUUUCCAAAGCAAGGAAGAAGCCGUGCUGAGUGUGAAGGAUUACAGCAUCCGGCCUGGAGUUCAGUAUAGGGUGAUGGAAUUGGACCAUCUGAAAUACCAAGGGAAGUGUAAGGAGUUUAGAAAAGGGUGCACGUGGAUGAUCCGUAUCGCACUGUGGCAGCGGAAGAACACGUAG